AUGGCGGUGCUCUUGCUUCGCAUCAUGGUCUUGGGAGUUAUUGUGGAGAAGACCCUGACAGCACCAGCCCAGUACACAGCUGUGGAGAAAAGACAUGCAUAGGACCAGGUUUUGCGAGUCUUGCCACAAACAUCUGAGCACGUAAAGCAACUUGAGCAUCUUUGUGACACCUUGCUGCUGGAUUUGUGGAAGCCACUGCUGCCUGAAGACAUUCAGGCUGGAGAAGAACUGCAUGUCAGGGCUCCAGCCUCCAGUUUACAGGAGCUGAAAGGCUGUUUAAAUCAGCAUUUGAUAUCUUAUGAGGUCCUAAUAUGUGACGUACAAAAACAGCUGGACAGUAGCAGACCAAGGGAGGAUCACCUCAUCCCCCAAAAAAGUCACUGGAGGGUUCCAGAGGGCUAUUCCUAAACUGUAUAUCAUCCAAUGGAAGAGAUUUAUUACUGGAUGUACCAGAUAAAGGAGAGCAACAGUGAGCUGGUGGCACAGCAUUAUCUAGGAGUGACAUAUGGGAACCAGCCAAUGUAUUAUCUGAAGAUAAGUCAACCAUCAAAUAAGGCCAAGAAGAUUAUUUGGAUGGACUAUGGGAUUCAUGCCAGAGAAUGGAUCUCUUCUGCCUUUUGCCAGUGGUUUGUGAAAGAAAUUUUACAAAAUUACAAAACUGACCCAAAGAUAAAAAGCUUCCUGCAGAACUUGGACAUAUGUAUCCUGCCAGUUCUCAGUAUUGAUGGUUAUAUCUAUUCCUGGAAAACUUUGUCAGGGGAUGCUGUCGAAGAUACCAGGAUCUUCUCUUCUGGAUUAGGAUGGGCUUCCAGGCACAAGGCAUUUUUUCAGAAAACAAAGGUUAAUGUCUGUACGCUGGCUGCAGAGAAAGCAGCAGUCGCACUGAAGGGAAAGCAUGGGACCAAUUUUACAGUGGGACCAAACUCUUUGGUUUUGUACAAGAACUCUGGCUCCUCACGGGACUGGGCUCACAUGAUUGGCAUUCCAUUCUCCUACACUUUUGAGCUGAGAGACACGGGUGCCUAUGGAUUUAUUCUACUGCCAGACCAGAUCCAGCCCACAUGUGAGGAGACUACCACAGCUGUGAUGACCAUCAUAGAAUAUGUAAAUCAGAAGUAUUUCCCAAACAGUGCAGCGGCAAUGACCUCUGGCAGCCUGUGGCUAUGGCUUAAUGUCCUAUUCACAUGGACCUUGUCCUAAGUAAGCCCUACAGAGCUCAGCAGGAAACUCACAUGCAGUGAAAAAUUGCAUGCAAAGGAAAAAUUGACGUUACCGGGGAGCUAAAUGGCAUAGUGUUUAAAUAAACGACCAAUACAGUAAAUGCAAAGAUUUCUACAGCGUUCUGAGGGUUUUUUGGAGAAGGAGGAAAGGAUAAAGAACAGGCUAUAAAAUCAAGCCCUGCUCAUCAAAACCAGUUGUAGAAGGUUAGGUUCCAUUCCUUUGUUUAAAUUAAGGCAAGCCCAUAUUAACUUCAAAAACCUUGCUCUCUGUCUCUGCAAGGCCAGAUUGAAUAUGCAUGGGGAGGAAACUGCAUUCUUAGACAUGGUCUCAGUGACUGCCUUACAUCUACGCUUCCCUUUCUGCCAGGCAUAGCCUUCUUCUUCUCAUGGUCCCCACACCACACUGGACCCACCAGCCAGAACCCUCAUUUCCCACCCAUGGUUGGCACCAGCAGGCUGUAUGAGAGAUUGAGAUCUCUGACUGCUGUCUCUGUUCUCACUUCAGCAAGGGGUGCUGCUGCUCUGAUUCUUGUUGUCUUCCUGGC